CUAAACAACUCUACACCACUGUAGCUGGGAAUUGACUCGUGAAAUAUUAAAAAACAUUUUAGCUGUCCUCAUGGCAUGGCAGGCUCAGAAGACGAGUUCUUUUCUGACGAUGGCUUGGACGCCCUACCGCCAGAUACACUUCGUGACUUAGAGCACAGUGCUCUGCUGUCGACGCAGCAUCAAAGCGCACGAGCAGCAUCAGUCCAUGCAACGCAGCCUUGGAAUGCAGAGAAGGGGCUACCUGCAAAUGGGCGGUUGAAGCGUCAAGAACUUUUAGAAUCAAAUAGGCGAGCUAAUGCUAGCUAUUCUGCACAAUAUGAUUCGCACCAUCCAUCAUCCGAUUACGGAUUUGAUAAUGAGGUUAUUGAUACCGAAAUCUUAGGGUCAACGGAGGCUGUUGAGGAGGUGCCUGACGUGCAAAGACAAAAUAUUUCGACAGCACAGAUGGGCCAUGUUGGUGCUCUACAUCAGGGCGCCCUUCCCCAGGUGUGGGCUGAGGACAGUGUCUACCAUGAUGCACCCGUUGAUGCUCAUUCCCGGAUGCAUUCAGAUGAGGAUCAAGAUGAUUCCUUAGAGGGCGGAAGAGAUGAUGGAAAUGGAAUAACCAUUCAGAAAAAGCUCCAGCAGCUCUUGCACGACAAAGAGGAGUUGGAAAGAUCACUCCGUGAGGCAUCUGAUUCAGCUCUAACACGGGCCGGAGAAAUUGCCAUUCUUCGCGCAAACAAAGAGAAGGCAGACAAGGAGCAUGAGAGAAAAUCGAGAGCGCUUGAGAAGAUUCAUCAAGACGAACUCAUUAAGCACCAACGAAAUUAUGACCUUGAAAGAAAAGAAAAUGAAAGAAUUGCCACAGAAAUUCGAUUUCUGCAACAGGAUCUUGCCGAGGAGACCGGAAAAGUUAAAAGCAUGAAGAGGUCAUUACGGACUGGCGACGGUCAAGCCAAUAUGCCCGCUCAAAGCCCCAGUCCCCUGACAACACCCAGGAAGGGAAAGUCUCGAUCUUACGGUGAUGGAUUUGAUGAUGAUGAAAUGGUACUUAUCUCCCCUGGGAAGUCCAGAGCCAAAUCCAAACCGAGCACACCACGGGCCGGAUCGAAACGAAAGAGAAGAGCAACGGAGAACAGCCCCAGCCUUCCCUUACAAUUUAGCCAACCUAGGGCAAGUUUUACUUCCGAGGCCAAGGGAGACCAAAGCCAAAAUCAAAUCAUCGAUGCAUCUUUGCUACGGCGAUUCGAUAAAGAUGAUCAUCGAUUUGAGUUCCUUCAGGAGAUCCUCAAUCAUCGUGCUCACGGGGAAGGAGAUAGAACAUUUGCAAGGCUUUCUGCAUAUACAUUCCCCUCCUCAGACGCUACAUUUUCCUCGAUUUUUCUGGACAAGUUGCAGCUUCUCACGUACGAUAGUGAGAUUGAAAACUUCCCAGCAGCUGUGUGCGAUAUUAUUUUAUCUCUCUGGUCUGGUUGCUUGGAAGAGAAACUGUAUUCUCCAAUCUCCUUAUUCGUCGAAUUUCUGCUGUUCAUUCUUACGCUUGACACAAUUUCGACCGCCCCAUUUAUCAUUGAUGAAGUCGUUCGACUAACUCAAGCUACGGCUGACCUUCAUAUCAUGCCUCGCCAUACACGUGAGCCGAUCUCGCAGUUGAAUCCAGAGAUCGAUGUGGACGCCUGUCUAUCUCUUCUUUUCGUUACAUCACUUGGCUGCAAUCACAGCGAAGAGCAUAUUACUCGUUUUUGGAAGUGUAUGAGAUUCGACUUUGUCUUCAUGGCCCUUGGUAUCAACCAAAAACUCAAGCAUAUCCUCGCAAUGCUUGACAUUCUAAGCACCGGUGCACUGAAAGAGGGGCUUGGCCCCGUCCUGAGCUCGCCUCAAAACGUAAGAGAUGAGCAUGCUAAUCAUCUCAUUGAUUCCAUGACGAGAUUUCUCUUUCAGGCACCUCUUGAAGACAAGAAUGAGGAACCAUAUAGUAGCACGGAUAUCAAAGCUCUGAGGCUCAAAGUCGUCGAUAUACUCCGCGCCUUAUCGUUGAGCGACCAUGGCGGGCGACUCAUUGCUUCUCACCGCACUGCCAUUGGACGAUUAGUCAACUCGAUCAGCGACAGUGUCAACGACUUGUAUGAUUUCUUCUCUGAUUAUGAGUGCAGUGCGCAAAUCGUCAAUACCGCUGUCCGUUUGCUCUUCUACCUCCGCGUCUCGCAAACGUCACUCAUCAACAUGAGAACCAAGCUGGAUGCCCUGCCAUCGGGCGGCGGCACCCACAAUUACAUUGUCAGCCUUACUCGGAUCGCUUUCAGCGAUGGCUUUGUACUAGAGGCCGGGAUUGACGAUGAUGUAGUCGACUAUGCGCAUCAAAUGCUGGAGGAUUUCAUCACCCCCGAUGAAGGAGAGGCUUUACUUGCGGCUUUCGGAUCGCUAAGCGUUUCAAGAGAAAACACUUCCAAAGCUGAAACUACGACUUUGGCUUGAUUGGAAUGCGGUGCUAUUCAAGGCGGGACUGUCAUAAUGAUUAGCGCACUAUCCCUUUCGGUGGGUUUGUGUUGCGCUUUUGGUUGCCACUGGAUGAUUGGAGUUUAGCCAAGAAUGUUUUUCACUGGCGUCUGCAUUUGGAGCCUGAAUGUUUUUGAUACCGAUGGGAUAGACC